AUGAUGGGUUCCAAAGAUCCCAAUAAUGCCUUGAAUAAACAAAAUACUCUUAUUCAUCUAAGAUUAUAUCAGGUGAUUUAUAACUAUAAAACAUGUUUAGUACAACAAGAGUCAUUUUAUUAUUUAUCAUUACUUUUUGCAUUCUUUAUUAUCAAUAUACAUAGUCAAUUAUAUGAUGCAGCUAAUGGUCUUGAAGAUCUAGAUCAAAUUUAUGAAAAACACUGGCUAGCAAACGUACAAGAUUCAGAAUUUGUUAAACGUAGAGUACAAAAUAUUCCGACUGGAAACACAAGAAGACAACUUCAACGUCUUAUUGCACAUUGGUAUCUUGAUGCGAUGGAUAGAGGACAAAGAAGUCAUUCAAUUAUCAAAGGUGUUUUAUCGGAAGAUCGAAGUGGACGUAUUGAUCUUCAAUCACCAAUAACUAAGCACGGUAUGCCAUACUAUAAUGUACAAGUUCAAUUGGGAACAAACACAUAUUCAACAGUAUUCAUUCCUGCCGGUGUCACAUUAGGCAAAAACAGAAUACGUAAUGCAUUUGUUGAAAGUAUGAACUCAGGAAGAGCUUAG